AUGACCGCAACCCUUCUUUUUGCGGUUAGCAUGACAAGCGGCCUCAUAUACCUCUUAUACGACCACAUCACUCGCGUGGAGCCUCAAUUCUCGCGUUUCCCCAAACCCGUGGGUGACAGCUUACGCAAAGCCAUAUAUUACACCGAAUUCGAACUAAAUCCCGUUCGCGCCCUACAUUGGUAUAAGCAGGCAUUGAUUGCUGCGGAUCAGCUGGGCAUGCACCCAUUUUCGGAGGAAGUGUUGGGGAUUAGGUUGCAGAUUCCUCAUAUGUUGGAGAAAGCGGGGAUGAUGAAGCCAGCCAUUGAAGUACUAGAGAAGACGCAGAAGGACUGUCUUGAAUGGGUGCAGAACGGGAGGAGAAAGCAGAUGAUCAGGAACAGAGAACGGGCAAGGGAUGGAGACCGGAUAGACGACCCCACUGGCACGGGAGAGGAGCGGAAGGCAGAACAGGAAAAGGAGGCAGAGGAGGAGCGACGGCGUGGUUUCGUCAUGAAAAGAGCCGCCGGAGUCGGGGUCAAGAUUGCAGAACUCUACUCAAGUGAUUAUGUGCGAGAGACAGACAAAGCCGAAAAGGCACUCCUCUCGGCCGUUGACCUAAGCCGCGCCGAGCUUCAGCACCGCCGGGAAAUGAACCUCCCCGUUUCCCAAGGAGACGGCGACUAUUACCUCAACCUCACUGAGGUAGCAUUUGCAUUCAACGAACUCGCAGACUUCUACGCUGAAAGAGGUCGGAGCGACCUCUCGACGGCUUUGUACAUGCAGUCCCUCUCCCUGAUCAAAGAAGACCAGCAGGAUCGACCGAGCACAUGCGCCCAGGUCGUUUUACUGAACAAUAUCUCAAGCCAGAUGGCGGAACAGGCCCAGAAUCCAACCCCGCCUCCUGCGGAAACCACAUCGGGGACCCAUAUGCCUCCCGUAUCGCGUGACCAAUUGCUCAACGCGGCCUCGGAAUGGGCCAAGAAAGCUCUCGAUGUGGCGGACAAGAUUCAACCGCCAGUGCGUACUGAAGAAUGCGAUCAAGGCUGUCUGACUGCGACCUACAAUCUAGGAGAGAUCGCGGAAAUGCAGGGCCAUUUUAGCGAGGCAAAGAAGUAUUAUGGAGAGGCUCGGGAGAUAGCGAAGAAAAUCCAAUUCCCUGAAGGCGUGAGCAGAGCAAAUGAAGGGCUGGAAAGGCUAAAAAAGCAGGCGUGA